AGCGCACGGACAGUGUUGCGGUUCCUGUCAGCGAUGGAACAGUUCAGUCAUCAAUGGACAGUACAUGUAGCUUACCGACAGUAGCCUAGCGUCUUCCAAUUUAGUUUGAUUUCUGUUAUGAAACGGGGAGAAGUAGAAUUAAAUCCGGCUACCUAGUUUCGCUUUCAUCGUUUAUAUGGCAAAUUGAGAAUGGACACAAUGUUGUAUUAGUGCGUUCUAUUGAUUAGACUCCAAUAGGAUUCCUAUUCCUCGCGUAAGAUUUGUUUGAUAUCAAACCUAGAUGGAGUAUUGGAGGCAGUGCGCAUCAUGGCUGAUCAACUGUAAGGUGCUUCCACCCGACCAUCGGGUAACAUGGGAGUCUGCCCAGGUAUUCGACCUGGCUCAGACCCUCCGAGAUGGAGUGCUCCUGUGUCAGCUUCUCAACAACCUCCAACCCCAGUCCAUCGACCUCAAAGCGAUCAACCUCCGACCUCAGAUGUCACAGUUCCUGUGCUUGAAGAACAUCAGGACGUUCCUCGCUGCAUGCUGUGAGACGUUUGGCAUGAAGAAGAGUGAACUCUUUGAGGCCUUCGACUUGUUUGAUGUGCGGGACUUUGGAAAGGUUUUGGACACAUUGUCCAAACUAUCCAGCACUACGAUUUCAGAACAAACAGGAAUAAAGGCUUUUCCUUCAGAGGACAGUCUAGAAGAAGAUGAGGACAUUUAUAACCAUCUGGUGGACCUGAUCGAUGAGAAAGGCGUGGAGGAUGAAGAGGAUCUGUAUGACUGUGUCUACCAUGAUGAAGAUGGUGGUGAGAUCUACGAAGAUCUGAUGAAGGCUGAGGCUGUUCCUCCUCCUCUGCCGUUCCAGAAACAGGUAGAGACGGACAUCAGGAGCUACUGUCUGACAGAGAUCAAGCAGACUGAGGAGAAGUACACAGAGACUCUGGACUCCAUAGAGAAGUAUUUUAUGGCACCUCUUACCACGUUCCUGUCCUCAGUGGAGAUGAAGAAAGUGUUUGUCAACAUUCCGGACCUGGUUAAAGUUCACAAGACUCUGAUGGUGGCGAUACGAGACUCUGUCUGCCAUAAAAGUGCCCAGAACCUCUACCAGAUCUUCAUCAACUACAAAGAGAGGUUGCUAAUAUAUGGGAAAUACUGUAGCCAUGUAGAAACGGCCAUCAUUACUUUGGAUGUCAUCUGCAAAGACAGGGAAGAUGUCCGAAUGAAGCUGGAGGAAUGUGCAAAGAGAGCCAACUAUGGCAAGUUUACACUGAGAGAUCUGCUGGUUGUCCCCAUGCAGCGGGUACUGAAGUAUCCCCUUCUUCUACAGGAAUUAGUGAAACACACUCACGACGCGGCUGACAAGAGCAAUUUGCGGAUGGCCCUGGAUGCCAUAAAGGAUCUGGCUCAGUACAUCAACGAAGUGAAGAGAGACAACGAGACCCUGAGAGACAUAGCCCAGUAUCAGAAAUCCAUUGAAAACCUUAAUCAGUCUCUUAGUAUGUAUGGCCGACCAAAAGGAGACGGAGAGGUCCGCAUUGCCUCAGUCGACAAACGUGCCAAACAGGACCGGCACAUCUUCCUGUUCGAUGCUGCUGUGUUCGUCUGUAAGAGGAGAGGAGACAACUACGAGAUGAAGGAGAUGAUCGACCUGCACCACUUCAAGAUCACCAACAACCCCACAUCAGACAAGGAGACCAGAAAGUGGUCCUAUGGAAUCUACCUGACACACAGCCAGGGGCAGAACGGCUUCGACUUCUUCUUCAAGACCAAGGAGCUGAAGAAGAAGUGGCUGGAGCAGUUUGGCAUGGCCAUAUCCAACAUCCGUCCAGAGAACGGCACCAGUAACUUCCACGAGUUCAAGAUGCACACCUUCGACAGAAUCACAUCCUGUAGCUCCUGCCACAUGCUGCUAAGGGGUAUCUUUAACCAGGGGUACCUGUGCUCCAAGUGUGGUGUUGGAGCCCAUAAGGAAUGUCUGGGGAGGUUUGGUGGCUGUGGAAAAACAGAUCCGGGCUCCUUAAAAACUCAGGACAAAUCCGUGCCUGGACGUCGCUCAGAUCCAGGUCUACCUAAAAUGUUGGUGACCAGGAACUAUUCCGGCAUGCCCAGUCCCAUGGUUGGCCCGCCCCUCAACAUCCAGCAAGGUGACAUCAUCGAGCUGGUCUGUGCUGAUCUACACAGCUCCUGGUGGCAGGGCAAAAUCGUGACAACGAGAGAAGUUGGCUUCUUUCCAAGCAACGCCGUGAAGCCGUGCCCAUGUGUCCCAAAACCUGUCGACUACUCCACACAACCCUGGUUUGCUGGGCCCAUGGAGAGACUGCAGGCUGAGGCAGAGCUGAUUAGCAGAGGCAACAGCACUUACCUGGUCCGUCACCGGAGCCGUGAGCUCACAGAGUACGCCAUCAGCAUCAAGUACAGCAACGACGUGAAGCACAUCAAGAUACUGAACAGGGACGGCUGCUUUCACAUCACAGAGAACAACAAGUUCAAGAGUAUAUUAGAACUGAUUGAGUACUACCAACAUUACUCCCUGAAGGAAGGCUUCAGAAGCCUGGACACCACACUGCAGUUCCCCUACAGAGAGCAGGAGAGCGCUGCUGUGCUCUGCACCAACAGACCUGGAGGAAACCUGUUCACCCCGAAGGUGAUGGGUGUGGCGAUAGCCCGCUAUGACUUCAGCUCCAGAGACACCAGAGAGCUGUCUCUACAGGAGGGAGACGUGGUCAAGAUCUACACCAAGUCAGGAGCAAAUGGCUGGUGGAGGGGAGAGGUCAACGGCAGGCUGGGCUGGUUCCCCUCUACCUAUGUGGAGGAAGGAGAGGAGUGAGUCAUGAAGAAAAACAAAGAAAGAAAGAAAGAAAGAAAGAAAGAAAGAAAGAAAGAAAGAAAGAGAAAAUACAGAGAGACUGAGAGAUCGACAGAUUGGCUGUUAGGCAUGAAUUCGACAUUCUAUGGUUGACCCUCCUAUUGGCUGUUGCCUCAAUAACGACCCAGAAUCCUUUGGGAGAAGAGGGGUUCCUAGAUGGACUAGUGACUGGUUCUCUCUGGUCUGCCUCUUCAACAGACUAGUGACUGGUUCUCUCUGGUCUGCCUCUUCAACAGACUAGUGACUGGUUCUCUCUGGUCUGCCUCUUCAACAGACUAGCAUCUUGGCUGUCAGCAUGGGAAGGACCUUUGCCAGAACCCAGAUCCUUCCGUCCAUCCAUCCCUCUCUACCUCACUUCCACUUCUCUCCCCCAACUCAGCUACUGCAGGUUGUCUCUGUAAUAUUUAAAAGCCGCCCAUCCAUCCAUCCAUCCAUCCAUCCACCCAGGAUAAGGCUAAGACUGUCUAAGGGAAAAGAAAAGAGAGAGAGAGAGAGAGACAGAGAGGAGGGAGGGAUUUGCCACACCGCAGGGCUUCUUCUGUCUUGACCUUGCCUGUGUCGCUCUGUUCCACUUACCUUGGUGAUUAUUGAUGACUUGAUGCGGCGGCAUCCGCAAACACACACACACACACACACGUACACACACACAGGGCUGGAAACGCUGUCAUGAAACACCCCCGAACCCAUCCCCACAGAUUACAAUCACUGCCACUGAACACGACACACACACAGACACACAUUCUCCCCUACAAACCUCCCUGUGUUGUGUUGUCUUUGCUGUUAGCCUCCUCAUGUUCUGGUCUCUCCAGCAGUACAGCAGGCUGGGUACGGGGCUCUCUCUCUCUCUCUCUCUCUCUCUCUCUCUCUCUCUCUCUCUCUCUCUCUCUCUCUCUCUCUG